AUGUUCAUGCAGCACUUGGAGGCUGAUGCGAGGACACGAAGAUUUCCUGGGAUCUUUGUAGGUAAGCCUCCAUUUGGAUCAUGCCAGGCCAAGUCGGGCAUCGAAGUUGCCGUCCCUCGAGACACCACUUUCGGCCAGAGAGGUUUCAUGGACACCGAGAAGCCGUCCGCUUUACCCUCAGCCCUGGGCGCUGCUUUGGGCAAUCCCGUGUCUUUGUUGGCUCUGGAGGAUGGCGAGACUGGCAUAAGACCCAUUCUGGCCUUCCAGAGGAGCAUGGAGGUUUUGAAUCAAGACUGUUGGCAUGCGAGGCACAUGGCUAUGGAUCACGCACGCUUCCGCAAAAUCGAACGUCUGACUGCCCGUGUGGAGUUGCCAGACACAGCCGUCACAGCUGUGGUGGUGGAUUUGCUGAGAGAAGUGGUGGACACGUUGCCGGUUCCCAUUCGCCAAAUCGCUUCCGACGUCUUGGAACACGUGGAGGGUGCCAUCUACAGCGCGGAGGCCGCCGAACGUCUGCCGUGUGCGGAGAAGGAGCAGCUGGCCGAGGUCCUGGGCCCAAGGAGACCCGGCCGUGUUGAUUUGAGUGAGCUGCAGCCAUGGUUCGCAGUGGUCAGAAGGCAACAGGCGACACUCGAGCGAAUGGAGCAGCAUGUGGCAGAGAUGCAAGGUGUGGUCGACUUCCACUUGGGGCGACGGAAGAGUGUGCUGGACUUCAUCGUGCGGCUGCAAGGACAGGAACGAUUCAUCCUGCAGCAGUGGCUCUUCAAUUUUUGGGUCUUCAGCUACAGGGAACGCAAGGCUCGCAUGGAGAAGAUGUCGCAGUCGGUCUUGGCCACGGGAAGCGAAGACAUGGUCACGCCUUUCCUCAGCUGGCGCCUCUAUGUGGCACAGCAGCGCCUGGUUAGGGCUAAGGAGAAGUGUAGUGAGGUGGACCGACAAGCCUCGGUGUUGGCCAACAAGAUCACUGAGGUGGAAAUGGAGAACCAAGAGCAGCAACGCAUUUUGGAAGAAUCUUUGGCAGCUGGAGCCGAGCUCAAGGAGAAAUGCAUGGUGGAGCAGCAGGAACUUUCCAGGCUGAAGCAGAUUUGGUCUGACACGCAGCCUGAAUUGCUUUUGCAGGUCUUGGCUCAGAGCCUGGAGCUGUUCUUUUCGCUCGUGGUACGGCAAGCGGGGCUUCAUCACUUGGAGGUCAAACAUCGCCUGGCGAAGAAAGACAUCCGGCCGCUUCUGGACGAUCCCAGCGCAGAGGCAGAGGCAGAGAUGGUCCUGAUCAGGUGGAUCAACGUUGCGGUGACGAAAGCCCGUGGCCAUUGCGAAGAGUUGUUGGAGGACAUGUCAAAGGAAGAGAAUCAAGAUGCGCUGAUUCUGGUGGCCCGACAGGAGGAGAUCCAAAAUUUGGAUGCUGACUUGUCGGAUUGUGUGGCUCUCAGUGCCCUCUAUGCCAUGAUCAAGGCGGAACGAGAACAGAAAGGCUUUUCGGUGAAGGACUUGAUCGCCCUGAGUGAAGUGGACCUGGAGUUGCGAUCCGUACAGCUCUGCUAUUGUCUCUUGGAGAUUUCGCCCUCUGAGAGGGCAAAGUGCUUGCUGGUCCCGCACGAAAUUGGUCAAGGCGAAACGGAGAAGUUGCAGCUCUUUUUGGCGGCGGUUUUUGCGAUGCAUCCCAUGCUUCAGGACUUACCUGUGGCCAUGAACAACCUACAGGCUAUGGAGUUGCAGAAAGUCUUGUACGACGUUUUGGACAAGAUGGAGGACUUCGCGGGAAGUGCCAAUAAGGAUGCCUUGGAGGACCCAACUCCGUUGCUGCAUGGAGGGGAAGAGACUCAGGCCUUGGCCACCAUCUCGGUUGAACAGAUUCUGCUGCGGUGGGUCAAUGCACAGCUUGCUUUGGACAGUGCCACACAUAGCAGGCCGGUGGAGAAUUUCGGUUCAGACUUGCAGGAUGGUGUUGCACUGGCAAAGCUCCUUACAGUCAUCGCGCCGGAGGCUUGCGUCGGCGAGUUCUCCGAGAAUCGUGAGGAGCGUCUGGAGCAGAUCAUCGUGGUGGCGGGGCGAUGCAGUGACUACGAGCUGCUCACGGUGAAUGCGGUGGUGGAGGGUCAGUCAGACAUGUUGGCAUGCUUCCUGGCCCAGCUGAUGUUGGUUCGACCCAACCUGGCUGCGCAGCCGGACUCGUUGUUGUCCAUGCACCUACAAAGCUUGGAAGAGGUUUGUAGUGAAGGCUUGAUGAAUUUGACCUAUCCAAAUCCUUCGACGACCAUGAAAAUCUGCUUGCAGCUGGAGGAAUGCUGGACGAAAUUCAAGCUGGCAGCACAAGCAGUGCAGGAUUCCACCAAGUGCAUUGCUGGGAUCAAGGAGCGUGUGCACGCCUUUCUGGGUGAGACGCUGUCGCAUCGAGCCAGGGGACAGCCAAAAACCAUGCUGGACGCUAAGGAGUCGAGGGAAUUCCUAUUCUACACCUCCUUGAAUCCUGAGAGGCUUACAGCCAUGAAUAAAGAAUUGAUUCUGGAUAAACUGAUGGUGGACAAGGUGGAAGACAUCUUGCGGCGUCACUUCCGACUGUUGAGGGAGAUCUUUAAGCACUACAGCAGCUCCAAAUCUGGUGGCACCAAUGGUGUGGAUCUCAAGGGCUUGCUAAAGCUUUUCCAGGAGUGUAAGCUCCGCUCCAAGGAAUUUGCUCCGUUUCAUUUGGAAACCAUCUUCAACAACCAUCUGGAGGAUAAGUCCAGGGGAGAUGACCGAUCCUUGGCUCCCCAUGAGUUCAUCGAGGUCCUGAUCUUGUGCGCCUUCACCAAGUUCCGUCAAGCUGCCAGCUCCUUGAGUGAGCAGAUGCUGCUGCUGAUUGAUCUGCACCUGAAGCCGAAUGCCUGCAACGAUGCGGAAAGUAUGUUUCAAAAGAUGGCGUACAGCAGCCCCGUGCGACAGGUGUUGGAUCAACAUCAAAAGGAGUUGUUCUACAUCUUCCAGCUCUAUGCCUUUUUGGACAUGUCAACCACUGAAGCUAUGCAGAAGGAGAAUACCAUGAACAUCACGGAAUUUCAGAUGUUGCUGGAAGAUUGUGGUUUUUUGGACCUGACACUGACGGAAGUGGCUGUCCAGCAGAUUUUCCAGGGGAUCCAGCAGAAUGCCACGGCUGACGACGGAGCAGAGGAAGCAGUGGACGUUGAAGGUGUGGAUGAUGACGAAGAGAUGUCCUUCUCGGAGUUCUUGGAUGGUUUGGUGGCCGUCGCCGCCUACAAAUUCCCGGAUCCUUUUACUCCGCUGAGCAGUCGCAUCAACACCUUUCUGCUGCAACUCUUUGCAUCGAUCCGAAAACAUUGGAGCCGAAAGCGUGGUGCGCCACGGGUGGAUAUGAUGCUCAAUGCCCUGCAGAAGAAGAUGAGAUAACCAGUGAUUGUUGUUGUUUUUCUCGGGACCUUAACAUGGGGGAGUUAAACUCCAAGUUCUGGUCAUAUGUUCUUGGAGAUUGAGAGAUGAUGAAAUGAUGUACAAAAAACACGUGUACAAAAUGCCAUCGAAAUUCUGUGUACAAAAGAACUCCACUGCAUUGCAUCCCGUCUCAGAAAAGGGAGAUGGGCCUUGGCAGAAGAUCUGCUGCUGUGACUGCAAUGCUUGGCGUGCAAAUUUCUGUUGUCACGUUUGAUGCAG